AUAAAGGUAAAUAAAUUUUAGGAAACCAUUGAAGGUUAGUCUUUGAGAAACACCCCAAAAUCCAUAAAAAAAGCUUUCCUUGUUAAUUAGUUAUUCACUAGAAUGUUUAAUCCAACAACGCCACCAACGAUGGAGAUGAAAAUUGUUGAUCCAGUAUUGUCUACUACCACACCCAUGAAAGGAAGGAAAGCUCCACCAAGUCAUUACACAUUCAAAAUGCAGUGCUUCUCGUUGCUUUCUAAGGCCUCUAUAGAAAAAUGUGUCUCGGAAGAGUUUGAAGCAGGGAAUUACAAAUGGAGGUUGUCUAUUUACCCAAGUGGGAACACAAAAGGAAACGGGCAAGGUCAUGUUUCUAUUUAUUUGAUGCUUGUUGACCCACCUUCCUUACCUAUUGAUUGGGAGGUCAAUGCCAUUAUAAACUUCUCUGCGUACAAUUUUAGAGACGAUGAGUAUGUUACGACUCAAGAUGCAACUGUUAGGCGUUUUCAUGUACUGAAAAUAGAGUGGGGUAUUCCAAAAUUCAUCAACCUUGACACGUUUCUUGACCCUUUAAAUGGAUACCUUGUUGAUGAUACUUGUGUGUUUGGAGCUGAAGUUUUCAUUGUUAAGAUCUCGAAUAAAGGCGACUGUUUAUCCAUCAUACCUCCUGUCACUAUUUCCCAUAGUUGGAAAUUUGGCAAAUUUUCAUUUGCAAAUUUAGAUAAGUACGAGUCUGAAUCAUUUGUAGGUGGAGAUUAUAAAUGGAAACUCCUUUUAUAUCCCAAUGGAGUCGUUGAGGGAAAGGGUAUUAGUAUUUCAUUAUUUUUAGCUCUAGAAGUCUCAACUCUUCCACCUAACACUAAACUUGUUGUGGAUUGCACUCUUCGCGCCAAAGACCAAAUUACUGGACAACAUGCUCAACGAAAUUUUAAUCGCAAGUUCACUAGCUCAAAUUUAGUGUGGGGGUCUAGACAGCUUGUGGCGUUGACUAAAUUAAAAAAUCCAAAUAAUGGAUUUUUGGUGGAAGAUACUUGUAUAUUUGAAGUUGAAUUUGUAGUUAUUGGAUUACUUACACCCGGAAUUGAUUGAUGUAGCAAAGAUAUUAAUUAAAUUUUAUUUAUGUACGAAAAUCCUUAGUGAAGAAAAUGGAAAUCCAUGUGUGGAUUAUUAUCCUAUCAGGGAACCUUCUUACCGACAAUUUGUCUUCUAAGGAAUAUUGGAGGACACCUCCUUUGAUGCGAUUUGAGGACGGUAGACAUGGAUCAUACAUCAUUUGCUUUCAAGAAGUUAAAUAAAGCAUACUAUAUUUGUGUAUAUGUUUAUAUUUAAUUUAUAUAUAUGUUAUAUUUA